UGGAGACCGGGCACCGACAAGCCCGAGCCCUCGGGCCGUGGUACGUAUGUUUUUGCUGCGAAACCUCAAGGCUUAUCUGCGCACAAGACUCGUCUGACCACUCGUGACAGUGAAAGAUACUCUUCAUCGAGGCACGCCCUCGGCUUUUACAAGUGCGUGAUCAAUACUUGUCGUUACACAGUCCCCACAUCCGGAGUUCAAGGCCAGUCUGUCUAUGAGGUGUUUGAGAGAGCCCUCGCCAGCGUGGUUCUUGACAUUCCGUCGCUGAGGGUGGGUAUAAAAGAUGAGGAAACAUCUAGUCCAUAUUUUGUAUUCCUAUCGGCCAUCAACCUCCACCUCCACCUCGAAUACCACGAGGUAUCGAAGGACCUCGACGUUGAGCUUAUCCAAAAACUGGAGCAUCAACACGAUCAAUACUUUCCUGAUAUCUCGAGCCGGCCUCCGUGGAAGGUGAUCAUUGUUUCCACCCCUCAUCCAGCAAAUGGAGUCCUUGCCUUUGAUGUCAUCUUCGCAGUGCAUCAUUCAAUAGCGGAUGGCAGAAGCACUGCGGCUUUUCACACCAAACUCCUUAAUGAGUUGGCCUACCCCUCAGUGCGCCCGAUACAACUUUCCGGCCAUGUUCUAAGCCUCCCGCCCAGCCAGCAGCUCAGUCCCCCCCUGGAAGAGGUGGUGGCUUUCAAACAGUCCUGGGGUUUUGUAUUGGGUACUCUUUUCAGAGAGCUCGGUCCCGCCUGGCUUUCAAGACCGUCGAAGGCAAUCCCAUGGACUGGAAAGCUAAUCACCCCCGAGCCCUUCCAAACAAACCUUCGCCUGAUUGUAGUUCCUGCGGAGGUGGCGCCAUCUGUUCUCGCUAUAUGCAGACAACACGGCACGACACUGACGCCCUUGCUUCACUCGCUCGUACUGGCUUCUAUCGCCAAGCUUGUUCCCGCCAAAGAUGCCCAAGUAUUCUGCAGCUCAACACCAUUAGAUCUAAGGCCCUAUAUUUCAGACCAUCCACCAAGCGGAAAGCCUGGAGCUCUUUUUGGAGUUCUAGUUACCACCCAGGCGCAUCAUUUUGAGUCACAUGAGAUCCAUGGGGAUAGGGACGAGGACGAUAUUUGGAAGACCGCAGUCAACCUAAGAGGUCGAAUGAAGAAACACCUAGAGACUGUGCCGAAGGACGACAUCAUCAGUAUGCUGAGCUGGGUCACAGACUGGAGAAAAUACUGGCUUUCAAAGAUAGGUAAACCGAGGGAAACGACAUGGGAGGUAUCUAACAUCGGGUCGAUUCACGGCAUCCCAAGUGGAAGCCAUCUCCAGCCAGGCUGGCAGAUCCGUCGCUCAAUCAUGUCUCAAGGAGCAACGGUCGCAGGAGCCGCGAUAGGGGUCAACGUCGCCGGGGUUGCUGGUGGAGAUAUCUGUAUCAGCCUGAGCUGGCAAGAAGGAAUAGUCGAAACGGACUUGGUCGAGGGAAUGGUGCUAGACCUGCAGCGCUGGCUCGGUCAGUUGGUUCGCGGAGAGAAGCUUGCCUGGAAAUAG